AUUCCGUAAAUUCUGCAUUAACACACGUUAACGCACGUUCCGCACUGUCUGACUUCUCCCUCAGGCUUCUCUGUUUUAAGCGUUCAGUUCAGCUGAGUUCAGCUGAGCUUGACAUUGUCUUACAUUUGUUGACAUUCACUUUUGGCACGUACGUUUAACAUAGCAAUCACAAAAAUAGUAAAAAUUUAUCAAUAAAACAAUGGGUAUUGUCCAUGCUAAGGAACCUAAUAAAUCUUCAGGCUUGGGUCUGUCAUCUAAUAAGGAUGCUUCUACAAAUAAACACAGUGAAUUACCAUUGAAUGCAACAAGUGACCUUCCAACUUUUAACAAUAAGUCUCAGUUGUAUGAAAAAGAACCAAAGAUACAAACAAAAAUUUUGGAUUUACAAGCAGUAAAAGCACGAGUUGAUAAAAUACAUGUGGAUGGUCUUAAGCGAACAAGAGAUGAUAUAAUCGAGUCUCAAGUAACUGAUUUAUUUAAAGCAAAAACCUUUGAGGAUGUUAUUAUACACUCUCAUAAAGUACGAGAGAGAUUAGAUGCUUUGGGAUGCUUCAGACAUAUCGGAAUUUACAUAGACACUAGUCAAGGUCCUGACGCUACUCCUGAUGGUGUCGAAAUUACAUUUACAGUACAUGAAAUGAGACGUUUGGCUGGUGGUAUUAGUACAAUGAUCGGCAACAAUGAAGGAUCCUUAAUUAUCGGUGCAAGAGCGCCGAAUUUGUUUGGACGAGCAGAACGCAUUCAAAUGGAAUAUUCUCAUGGUAACAAAAAUUCGAUCAACUUCAAUGUAUCCGCCAUUAAACCAUUUCCACUGAGCUUAUAUAACGCAGUAUUAACUGGCACUAUAUUUAGUACAACACACGAUUAUCCGUGGUCUGGCUUUAAACAGAAUGAUAAAGGACUACUUUUUGAUAUGGAACUCAAUCCAACAAGCACUUCUAAGCACAAUGUACAAUAUGAAGCUGCAUUAAGAACCAUAACUUGCUCGAAACAGGCAGCCUUUCGUGUUCGAGAGCAAUGCGGACCAAAUUUUAAAUCGGCAAUUAGAUACAUUUGGACGAGAGAUAAAAGAGAUUCUGUUAUUUUUCCUGUUACUGGAAGCUUGAUGCGAUUAACAACAGAGAUGGCCGGAUUAGGUGGUGAUAUAGGUUUCUUAAAGAACGAACUUAUCAUACAGAGCAAUUGGUCGCCGCAUGAAUAUCUUACAUUCCAAUUGGGUCUUCAAUCUGGACUGUUGAAUGCAAUCAGCAACGACAUGAAAAUAAGUAUUGCCGAUAACUUCUUUCUAGGUGGUCCAUUAAAUCUUCGUGGAUUUGACAUGAGAGGAUGCGGACCGCGUCACGACGGAAAUUCUGUGGGUGGCGAAAUGUACUGGGCAGCCGCUCUUCAUGUAUAUACACCACUGCCGUUUAGACCUGGCCAUAAUGGUUUUGGGGAUUUAUUUAGACUACACGGUUUUAUCAAUGGUGGUAACUUGUCCAAUUUCACAUUUGCAUAUGAUGAUUUUUACAAAGAAAACAUGAAGAUCUUUACAGAGAACGUUCGUUGUGCCAUUGGAGCUGGUCUCGCAAUGAAGUUGGGAAAUGUCGCCCGCAUAGAACUAAAUUUAAUUACUCCACUAUUGUUUAUGAGAAAUGAUGUGCUCCAACAAUUUCAAUUUGGUAUUGGCGUGCAAUACCUUUGAGCUUUUCUUAUAUUUUGAUAGUUUACAGGUUUUUUAACUUACUGUGCGAAAUUAUUCUUUAAUUUGGAAUGUAGAAAACUGAACGUAGAAAAAUGUAUGUAAAUUUACUUCUAUUUGGUUUGCAAACUACUGUGAAAAUUCAAAGUAAAACUAUUCUCAA